GUAUGUGGGUUUGUAAGGUGUGUGUGAGCCCCAAGCGCGACGAUUUGAACCCGGGAAUGUGUUACGCCCUGUGUGUGAUCUGCUCCCAACACGCUUCUCAACACUUCUACUGGAGAAACAUGGCAUUAUUUUCGGCAUCGCAGCAAAAAAACAAACAUUAGUCUCUCUCUCUCUCUCUCUCUCUCUCUCUCUCUCUCUCUCUCUCUCUCUCAUAUUUUUGUCGUGUCCUUUAAGUCGGAUCAAUUCCCUUAACUCAGCAUUGGGAGACAGAAAGAGAGAGGGUGGAGAAAAGCUCCUCUGAUUUCUCUAUAGGUUCAAAGUUAACAUCAGUGCAUAAUCAGGGUUUAAUUGCUACUUUGUCUCAGGAGCCAUGUUUCCAACCAGUACUCCAAAUGAACCCUAACCCAUUCAUGCACUUGCAUUUUUAUUUUAUUUUUUAUUUUUUUGGAAGACGUUCUUUACUGUCCAGCACUCCAAUAAAACCCCCCCAGCAGUUCCUCAUGAUCUACACACCGAGGUUGAACCACCCCACAGAGAAGUGUAUAAUGUUCUUGAUAACUAAUGAUGAUCAGAAAAUGAGAGAAUGGAACAGAUGCACUCCUGAGACUGACACUAUUUGCUGCAGUGCACUGAAGGAUCCGCACGGAAGAUUGUAAUGACACAUGCACGGAAGAGGAACUCUAUGUAGAUAUCGAAGAGAAUCCAAGGAGCAGGUGAGCUGCCAGAUACAUGCUGAAACCAUGGGCAAAACCUGGCCAGAGAACAUAGUGCUGAAAAAGAAGACUAAAAGGCAUUCCUAUAAAAGAGGAAGAGAUAAGGAAAUAAAGCAGCAAAACGCAGAGAGUGACCGGAAGCUUUAUCCACUCAGAGGACGGCAGGGAAUAAAUGACGUGGGCUCCUUAAACUGCUGCGUUCUACUGACUCGCUUAGAAGAAGGAGGAACUUCUAAAGGCGGCAUGAAAGCUGUGCCUAAGAAUAAAAGGAAAAGAAAUAUGAAGGCAAAGAAGGGAAGGACCAAACCCUGUACGUGUCGGAAGAAGGCAUGCAAAACCUGCCGGCUAAAACCUGGACCAAAAAGCAAAACCAAGAGGAACAAAACUGCCUUAUUCGUGGAACUCCUCGAACCUCGAAAGCGACGGUUGGCCUCUCUUAAUGCUGAAGCAGUCAACAGCCUUUUGUUGUUCAGAGAGGACUCUCAAAUGUCCAAAAAACAGCAGAAUUCCCAAAAGGGUGAUGGUGAACUCCCCAAAAAAAAAGACCCUUCAAAAAAAGGACUAGAAGGCCAAAAACGUGCACACGCAGGAGAACGAGACGAGAGUACAAACCCUAAAAAAACCAAGAAGGCAAAGACGGAGUCUGAACAUCUGGACCAGCUGAAUCUAAACAGUCCGACCCCAAGGCGUCUAGCAGGUUUAAACGCGGCCGCUCUUCUGAAGCUGACUAGCACCUCGUCUGGAGCUAAACGGCGAGCUAAACCGGACACCAAGCCAGGCAGUGGUGGAGCACGAACAAAACUACUGCAGGGAAAGAUGAAAAAACAACACAGCCCACCAUGCCUUUCCAAGCCGCCAGUAUCUCAACAGUGCUGCAAUCUCUGCAAGAAGGAGGCUCUCAAGACUGACACUUUGUGGGAAGGCACUUCCGGGGGCCAUGACUUCAUCAAACCCGGAUACCAAUGCAGGUCUCUGCUAAGCUACUCGCUGAAGCCUGUGAAAGAGGAGAAAACCGAGACUGACGUGAACUCAUGUUACUGCUGUUCCCAGGAGAGAUCUGUGGAAUAUUGUCACCGAUUAGCCCUGUUCCUUGGGCAGAAGGCGUUUCCCGAAUCAGAACAGCAUUCAUUGCCAUCUGUAAAAGGAUACCUUCCCUCCCCUCACACACUAACCCACCCAGCUUUGACACUAGGUGCUCAUUCUUACUCCUGCUACCCAGGUUACUAUGUCCAUAUUGCCCACCACGGGACAUCCUCGCUCCCUGUAAGUACAAGUCCAGGACCCCACGCACCACCUUCUGUACCUCCUAUUACACUGUGUCCGACUGGGGUCCAGAGACCCAAACUACUGCCCUCUCCAGUGUCUCACCCUCCAGGAAUUCCUCAUCCAGUGUACUGCAACUCUGUGGGGACGUGUUAUGGCGACCCGUGUAGGAUCAGCAGCUGUACCUACAGACACACUCAGCCCAUCGCUAACAGGAGCUGCUCGUUUAGCGGCGGAUGCUCCAGCUGCAGCCACAAGAUCAAGAUGGAGGACUACCCCUAUCCACUGGACAAGCACAGCCCCUCUAUUUCCAUGGCCCCAACCAUGCCCCUAUCUGUCUGCCCCAUCCCAAGUGUGCCUGCUGCCACACAGCCUAUGCCGCACCUGCAGUCUCCUCUGCCGGACACUGGGCGUCCUCAGGUCCAGUUACGCGUAGGCCGAGAGUGCCCUCAGAGUGCCAAGCCGCCCAGCAGCUCGCGCUCUGCUAUACGGGACACAGCUGUCUGCCCCCAUGUGAAGGAGGGCCAGCUGGGAGCCGGCCAUUGCAAUCCAAGCACCAAACAGGCCAAGAUCAGUCGGCGACGGGCCACCAACGGCUGGCUGCCUGUGGGCACAGCGGCUGAGAAGGAGGUAUUCAUAGUGGGCGAGGAGUCUCCAGCACUGCGCAGAUGUUACGAAGGGGUGCAGAGAGACGGGGAAGUAAUCAGGGUGCGAGACACUGUUCUGCUGCGGUCUGGUCCACGAAAGAAGUCACUCCCCUACGUGGCCAAAGUGUCUGCCUUCUGGGAGGACCCUGAGUCAGGGGAGCUGAUGAUGAGCCUGUUUUGGUACUACCGUCCAGAGCACACUCAGGGGGGCCGCAAUCCCAGCAUGCACUGUGAGAAUGAGAUUUUUGCAUCCCGGCAUCAGGACGAGAACAGCGUCGCGUGCAUCGAGGAUAAGUGCUACGUCUUGACAUUAGCACAAUAUUGCAGAUUUUGUGCCUUGGUGAAGCGUCGUGAGGAGGGUCGUCCCAAAAGUGCCCCCUUGGUCCCUCCGGCUCGCAACUACACCAUUCCAGCUCAUCGCAGCAUCCCGACUGACGUUGACCCCGACCUGGUGUUCGUCUGUCGCCAUGUUUACGACUUCCGCUACGGCCGCCUUCUGAAGAACCUGCAGUAGCGCUAGUAGUAAAAAAAGAAAUAAAUAAUGUUUGCUAUCGUGGAGCCAUACACUGAAAACCAGAGUCUAUAAGGUGAAGUCACAAUCAAUAUCCUAAUCCAAGGAAUUCCUGAAAGGCCACAAGACUGUCAAAGUUAGGCUGCUCUUUCCAGACUUCGUACUUGCUGAAACCGAAGAUUUGGUGAUUCAGCAUAAUGCUACUUUGAGCACAACUUGGGACAGAUCUGAUGGCUAAUAUAUGAUCUGUAACUCCAUGAAACUGCUUACAUAUAUAUAUAUUUGGCUUGUCAAUAGUUCUAUUUUAUACUCGCCGGAUUUGUGUGUGGAAAAAAAAAAAGAUACGAGUUGUAGGUACAUUUAGGGGUACCUUAAAUUAUGACUUAGACUAUAAACGUGCCCUUAUUGGC